AGUUGAACUUGAAGUUGAACCUGCGCUCGACCUUGCGGAGCUCAGCAGAUUCAGCUGGAGUCGAGCCGAGCAGCAUUGAGCUCGAUCAUGAAAGGCUUUAUUCAUUUUCAGCUUUAGAUUCUGGCAGCUAUAGAGAGAGAUUCAAAAUCAUAGACGCACUCGGGGACACUUCCUGAUCCUGGAAAAUGGAGCCCUCCGACAUCACUUCGUUUCUGCAGGCUGCUCUUGCCCCAGAUGAGAUCGUUAAGUUCCUGUUUAGGGCGUGGCUGAUCAUUGUGGGCCUGUUCUGGAACACAUGGGCAGUGCUGGCGCAGAGGUGGCAGACCCGGCGCUGGAAGCAGACCCCUGAUGCCGUCCACCCGUACUUCACCCGUGGCCGCAACUUCAUUGUCACUGGCCCCACGAGCGGCAUCGGGAAAGAGACCGCAAAGGAGCUGGCCCUGUGCGGGGCAAACGUGGUCCUGGCGUGCCGGGAUGUGUCGGCGGGGCAGAAGGUGCUGAGCGAGAUCAAAAAGGAAGGGAAGAAGCACAAGGUGGAGGUGAAUGUGGAGGUGGUGCAUCUGGACCUGCGCUCAUUCAUGUCAGUGCGUGCGUUCGCUCACGAGUGGGAGCAGCGGGGGCAGCCACUGCACUGCCUGAUCAACAAUGCAGGCGUCUUCAUUCGUGGCCUCAACUGGGCGCCCAUCACUGAGGAGGGCUUUGAGGAGCAUUUCCAGGUCAACUUCCUGGCCCCCGCCCUGCUGUCCCUGCUGUUGCUGCCGUCCCUCCUGCAGGGAGCUCCUUCUAGGAUCGUCAACAUCACCUCAGAGGGCCACAAGCUCGUGACGACCGUCGAUCUAGAGGGCAUGCGGCGCGGCAAGGGCAAGCACUGGUACGCGUGGAGCAUGUUUGGCGCCUACUGCCAGAGCAAGUUGGCAUCUACCAUCUUCAGCAUCGAGCUGCACCGCCGGCUGCCGAGUACCGCCCAUACGGAGGUGGUUGCCAUGCACCCCGGCUUCUGCGGAACCGAAGGCAUCCGCAACUUCCUGUGGGUGGUGCAAUGGUUCUACAAGGCGCUCGGCCCGCUGCUGGGCAUCUUCCUGACGUGCAACGAGGGCGCGCGGGGCCCUCUUUUCGCGGCGACGAGCCCGGUCGUAGUCGCGCAAGCCAGGAGGCUGCGGGCGCUUCAGUCGCGGAAAGGGCCCUACUAUAAUGCGGGGGGGUAUGCAGAGACCGUCGGCCCCCAGGCUCAGGACCCUCGCCUGGCUGCGGAGCUUUGGGACGAGACGAUGCACAUCCUCAAUCUGCCCACCGACUAUGUGGAGCGGAAAGUUUCCGCUCACCUGAAGAGCCGGCCGGAAACCGCAGGGAGGGAGGCGGAAAUGAUCGAAGCGGAAGCCAUGAACGUCACCUUGCCGGAGGAGAAUACGGGGUGGAGCAGGCUGGUCGGAUACGUUCCUCAAUCCUGGUUCAAGUGGGUCAAGUGGGUGAAAUGGUUGUAAAGUGGGCAAAGCUUGUGUAAUAUUCUCAGUGCUUCUUGACUUAAGAGCUAUUGUAGGCUGAGGUCGUGGUAAUCGACAAGAGGGGAUAUGCUGUCAUUGAUCGGACUUUGGUAGGCUAGUAGCUUCGCGCACGCGCAGUUUGACACAAGAAGAGGCUCGUAGAGCAUAUGACGCCAUUGCAUGUACGGCAUGUAUAGAUUGCCAUGCAUAUACGCACCUUUCUUUGCAAUGUAAUUUGAAAGCAUCGAAGGUUUUCUUGAGGAUUGAGCAUUUGGAUCAGGAAUUGCUGUUUAAAGGGCAGUGAUCAGUAUAUCAAUUUACAAGUUAAGAGCACUAUCGUUUGACCUGAACGAUAGUGCAUCAAUCUUGCCAGGUUGAUGCAAACUAUCUUGACCGGGACCCACUACAGUAGAUCUGUAGACGUCUGACUGGACUGUGUGUUUUUUAUAAAUUUGAUCGAGCCGCCACUUACCGGAU